AUGGACGAUGUCUCUGGGAAUAUGUCAAAGCAGUGGAACAAACACCACACAGUGUACAUGUCUAAUGCCUCCAUGCCAUGUGAGAUGCUUGAAAAGGAAUUCUGUGAUCAUUUUGUGUCAUCCUUGCCACAUGCUUCACCCAUGGAGAUCAUCAAAGCUGUCAAAAAGUCAAUCAGGGCUGCUGCAGAUGAGGGCACUGUUGCAUAUGACUGCAAAUACAGAGAUGAGGUUAUGCUCAUCCCUUAUGGCCUAUUCGAAGCAGGAGAUAACCCCAUGCAGGUGGAAGAGUGCAGCCAUGGCAGUUUGCACUGCAAUUACUUCUGUCACACAUGCAAAGUAGGAGAGACAAUAUCUAUGAAACAGUCUGAUGAAGGAUAUCUUAAACUAUUCGAACAGAUUCUUGAGCAGAUUGAGCUUUUGAAGUUGUCUGGUGGAACUACAAAAGUCCAGAAUGCUGUCUUGUCAACUGGCACCCAUGACACUACCUCUGCAUCAAUUGUGAACCGCCUCCUGGAACUCGGGAAGGAGUUCGAGGAAAUGCUGGGCGGUCUCUCUGUGGAAGAUCAUAUUAACCCUUUGCUUAGCAUGACAGGGCUCAACGUCCAUCAAGACAUGCCAACAGAGAUUCUCCAUACCAUCCUCCUUGGUGUCAUGAAGUACUUUUGGGGUCAGACUAUCUGGAUCCUCAACAAAGCACACCUCGUCAAGAUAUUUCAAACCAGAUUGGACAAUAUCAACAAAGACAGCCUUAAUUCACCCACUCUUGGCACAGAGUAUAUCUGUCAGUACAGUGAGUCUUGCUCAGCUCAUGCCUUUUCUAUAUACAAUCUUGUUCCAUCUACUGUCCUGAAUGGAUGGACCAUCAUUGGACAGCUGGUGGUCUUGCUGUGGCAUAUGAGAAUUGAUGAUGUUGAGGAAUAUCUGGUAUGCUACCUUCCCCAACCCUGA